UAGGGAUUAAUGCGCAAUAAUUUGGAUAAGAAAGGCGUAAUAAUCGAUGCUUUAUUAUUCGAAAAGAUCGGUUUGCUUGGGAGAGGUAUUUCGGUAUACAAUUGUGGUGGAACCAUCAUUUAAAGGAGGAGAAAAGACGGGAUAUAAGAAAUUAUGGCUUAGAAUAAAGAAUACGACAUCACAUAUAUUCCGAGCGGGAUAUUUUAAAGGGCCGUAUACGCUUUAUGUAUCAGUACGAAGGGAGGAUUAUUCGGUAGGAAAGCCAUCAUUAGAUUUUGUGCCGAAAUACUGUCCAAAUUUGAAUACGGGAUGUUCGUUUUGGGUAGAACUUCCUCUUGUUUCAGAGGAAUCAGAAACGGGAACGAUUUUUGAAAAAAAAGGAUGGAUUGUGGAUAUUAUUAGUCAGAUUGUGUUUACAAAGUCGGCAAAGGUUUAUUUUGAAUUAUCAUUAUCAUUUUCUAAGCAAAAAAUAUAUUGGGAAAAUUAUUUUGGGGUUGUAGAGGAUAAAAAUGCAUGGAUCAAAGUAUUGGAACAGAAUACUAAGGAAUUAUGGUUGAUCGAUAGGAGUUUAAGGGAAAAGGGUGUAAAUGGAGAUGAAUCCUUGAAGGAAGAGGUUCAUUUUGUUGUUUUAACGCAUGGUCUUCAUUCAAAUGUUAGUGCGGAUUUGCUUUAUCUUAAGGAACGUAUUGAGAUGGAAGGACGUUUGAAAGGAGAGAAAUUAGUGGUUUCCGGGUAUAAUGGGAAUGUUUGUUUAACGGAUAAAGGGAUUGAAUAUCUUGGAAAACGUCUUGCGAAAUGGGUAUUGAAGGAAGUGGGAUGGUUUAAAAAUGAAAAACCUUAUUAUCAAAAAAUUUCAUUUAUUGGACAUAGUCUUGGAGGGUUAAUCCAACUUUAUGCGAUAGGAUGGAUAUGGAUACGAACGGAAGGAAAAUUUUAUGAUGCAUCAAGUCAUGGACUGAUUCCGGUGAAUUUUAUCACUCUUGCUACACCAUGGCUUGGAUUAUUCGCGGAAAACCCGAAAUACAUAACGAAAGCAUUAGAAUUCGGGAUUGUCGGAAGAACAGGGAAGGAAUUAGGAUUUACAAUGAAAUAUGAUAAAGGAGCAUGUUCGAAACAUAUUGGUGAAACGGAUAAUCAUUUACCUCUUUUGAGAACGUUAUCACUUGAAAAAAGUCCGUUUAGAAAGGCAUUGAAGCUUUUUAAAAGAAGAACGUUAUAUUCAAAUAUAAUUAAUGAUGGGAUUGUUCCAUUAAGAACAAGUUCUUUAUUUUUUCUUGAUUGGAAAAACAUUGAUUGUUUUGAAAAGAAAAAAAAAGAUUAUAAUUCAUAUCGAAAGAAUUCGGUAUAUUCGAUUCAAAUGGAAAGUCAUGAGCAAAAAAAUAAUGAUGAAUCUAUAAACACGAGUAAUUCAUCCCAAAUCGAACCUACAAUAUCGUCUAACGUAUCAAUGCAAACAAACGCUACUAGCUUUUCCCUUACAAUGCCACACAUAGAAGAAUCUUGUUGUUAUUCAGAUAUUAAUAAAUCCAACAGUAGUAAAGUUGAUACUACACUCCUAGAUACAUCUAAAAACACGGAAUUCCUAAAUGAAGUCGAAUCCAUAAUAAAUCCUCAAUCUAGUACAAAGGAAUUUUUUAUCUUUAAGCCUGGUCGUACUUCUCCUUCAAAAACAUAUUCUCAAUCGCCUUAUUUAAAUACUAUGUAUUCGUAUGAUUCAAUAUCUCAUGAUUAUGAUUCUUUAACCUUAACCAAAAAUAAUACGAUUUUGGAUGCUCCAGAAACAGAUCAAACCAUCAAUACAUCAUCAUCAUCUUCUUCAUCUUCAUCUUUUAUUUCUUCAUUUAAGAAUUACUUCAAACACAAAUAUGGUAGGGAUGAUUCCAAGGUAAAACGAGAUAAACGAAAUAAAACCAUUAGCAAUCCUAAGGACAAUGAUACAUGUUCUUAUCAAAAACUAGAUUUUAUACCUAAAAUGAGUUUUUUUCGAAGUGCAAGCAAAGUUUUAAGACCACCUUUACCAAAAAAAGACUAUUUCAUUAACCCUUGUCGAACGAAAACUAUAGUUCACGAUCAAUACUAUUAUCCCGAUGAUAUAUUAAAAAAGUUUUCUAAAUUUUAUUCUAAAUUAAGUAUUAUCUCUGAAAACGGGAAAGAUAGUAUAAAAAGGAAUAAGGUUUUUAGGGAAAAGUUAAAACUUCAGGAAAAAAUUGCUAAAGAAUGGCAUUCUGAUAUGGUUUGGAGAAAAGUUCUGGUAUAUCUGGAACCCGAUGCACAUAAUAAUAUAGUUUGUAGAAGAAUGUUUGUCAAUGCAUAUGGUUGGCCAGUUAUAGAACAUUUAGCAUCAAAUCAUUUUGGAAAGAUUUCUAAAGAUGAAUCUAACAAUAAAUCAGAGUUAGAAAAAGAAACAUAUAACAAUAAUAAUUUAAUUGAUCAUACGAGAAUUAGUGACGAUAUUUUUAUACAUAAUAAUGAAGUAUGAUUUAAUUAUGAAAUAAAUUUAGAAGAAUUUAAAGUGAAUUUAUUUU